AUGGCGGACGACGCCGAGGUCGACGCGCUCAAGGCCGCGGGCAACGACGCGUUUAAGAAGGGCGACUUCAGCGGGGCCGUCAGCAACUACGACAAGGCCAUAUUGUUGGCGCCGAAGAAUCAUUUGUUGUAUUCGAAUAGAUCACUGGCCAAACAUUCAGCGGGAGAUUUUGUCGCGGCCGAAGCGGAUGCAAGGAAAUGUCUCGAGCUCGCGCCGGACUUCAUGAAGGGUGUGUAUAGAUUAGCGAACGCCCAGCUCGGCCAGAACGACGUGGACGCGGCCGAGGAUACCGUGAGGAAAGGUCUCGCGCGCGACGCGGAAAACCCUGAACUUAAAAAACUCGUAAGGGUCAUCAAAGGUAGGAGAGAUAAGGCCAAACGUAAAGCAGCGGUCCAGGCGGCUACCGGUGCUGCCGAUGAAGCGAGGGGCGCCUCUGGUGUGGACGAGGCCACGAAACGCGAAGCGCAGCAGUUAGCAGAAAGAGUGCAGCAGCACGAGCGGGAACUAAGGGAGACGCAGGCGCGGCUCGGUGCUUUGAGGAGAGAAACGGCUCGUACGCAGAUCACGAAGAACGAGAUCGACGCGCUCGAGGGAAAUACGGAGGUGUAUCGAAGCGUCGGCAAGAUGUUUUUGUUGAGCGACAAGAAGGGUGUCGGGGAGUUACUAGAUGGCCAGAUGAAGCGGGGGGAAGAGCGGACGGCGCAGUUGACCGCUAGAGCCCAGUUCUUGGAUCGCAGGGUCCGCGAGCAGACGGCGGAGUUCCAGCAGCUCGUCAAGCAGGCGACGGCCUAG